GCUUAAAUAAAGUUCCCAAAUCUCCCCAUCCCAACGUGAGACAGUGACUUUUGCCUUUCUGUCACCCCUGCGCUACUGCACCUCCAUUAUGCACGCGGCUUUUGCAUUCGCUCUCUGGGCAGGUCUGGCUGCUGCGACUCCGAAAUGCAACCCAUCCAAGUACAUCACUGUCGAGACGGCGAAUGGACCGGUUACUGGGCAUGUCGCGGAUAAUUCGCCGUGUGUUGUUGAGUAUCUGGGCAUUCCGUAUGCGAAACCGCCGGUGGAUAAGUUGAGGUUUGCGGCUCCUCAGCGAAUUACGUCUUACUCGAAGAAGCCUUUCCAGGCGAAGAACUUUGGGUAUGAUUGUCCGUUGACGGCGAGUAAGAAGGUGGAUUAUCCUGAUAUGACACCUCAAGCCCAGCGCAUCAUUUCGUACUUCGCCAGCGCGGCCGGAACUCCUCAGAGUGAGGAUUGUUUGACGCUGAAUAUUUGGUCCAAAGCAACGCCCAACUCUGCCAGAGCAAAUAAGCCUGUCUUGGUCUUCUUCUAUGGUGGACGCUUUGCUAUCGGCAACACCGACAGUCCAUUCUACAAUGGCAAAUACUUCGCUGACGCAGAGGACAUCGUCGUCAUCACCGUCAACUACCGUAUCAACAUCUUUGGCUUCCCUGGUGCACCUGGCGAGACUCAGAACCUAGGUCUGCGCGACCAACGAGCUGCUGUCGAGUGGGUUCGCGACAACAUCUGGAGAUUCGGCGGCAACCCUUCCAAGAUCACCAUCGCUGGUCAAUCUUCUGGCGGCGUAGCUGUUGACUACUGGACAUAUGCAUACAAGAAAGACCCGAUCGUCAAUGGAAUUAUCGCACCAUCAGGCAACGCUUUCAGUUUCCCUGUCAACUCCGCUGCUGUCCAAGAGAAGAACUGGGCUUCGGUCGUGGCAGCUGUAGGAUGCAACACUACCAGUGAGGUGAUGGCUUGCAUGCGCAAGGUUGACUGGGAGGAUAUCAAACAAGCUGCUGCUGGUAUCAGGCCUGCUGCCAGUUCCAGCGUCCUCCGAUCCAUCCCUCCAUUCUACCCCAAGCCAGAUAACGAGAUUGUCUUCUCCGACUACGUUAGCCGAACUAAGAGCGGAAACUUUGUUAAAGUGCCCAUCCUCUUUGGCAACAACAAUAACGAAGACGGAUACUACCGUAUUCCCGCCUACGGAAAUGGCGUUGUUCCUACGGACGCCCAAGUCAAAUCUUUCCUUCUCGAAUCCUUCACCUGUCCCGUGUCAUACCAGGCCAAGGCGCGUCGCGAUCACAAUACACCGUCAUGGGCGUACCGAUAUCUGGCAGACUGGGAUAAUACAAGACUGUUCCCUACAAGUGGCGCGUAUCAUGGUGUUGACCUGCACAUGAUCUUCGGUGCAUCCGGCGAUGUCAGUGGCAUUGCGCCAUCAGCCGACCAGAAGAAGCUCACCAAGAUCAUGCAACAUGCUUGGUUCUCUUUUAGCGACGAUCCUUGGUCGGGUUUGAGUAAGCUUGGCUGGCCUAGAUUUGAUCCCGUGCGCAAGACCUUGAUUGAGCUGGGUAAGGGCACGAAGCCUCGUGUCGACUUUGUGAAGCCUUCUGUCUAUGAUGCUGCUUGCUCAACAGUCACGAUGGGCGCGCUUUCGACUUCUACGUAGAAUAGAACAUUUUUGUCUUAAUUUUUGGUAACUCAAAGAGCUUAUAGUCUUAUCCCAACAACAACGUUUUACAAUCUGUCGCUCUCUUGUUCGGAGUCGAGUCUCUAGAUGUUUCUUUCGCGCUAUGUCUUCACGCCAACAGACACCUUCAACUUGUAUCUACUAUAGCUUGUCUACUACUGCGAAGACAUUGCAUUACAUCAAAAUGGCAUCAAUAAGGCAUGAAAUUGUGGGAUUGUGAGAUUAUGCGUGUAAGUAGAUGGGUACCUCAUCGCUGAUCUUCAUUUGUUAUCCUAAGACGCUGGGUAGGCAGGCAUCCUUCUGUCCUUGACCCUUAGAUGAUGGCGCAAAGACAUGCCGCAUUCAAUGAAAGAGGCAACAUCACAGACCGGGACCAUCAGGUUUUAUUCAACAGAACAAGUGAAAAACAGUAGACACAACAGCAGAUAUCGGGCCUAGGCCUUGGAAAGAGCGAUAGCAGGUAAACGACUUCGCCACAUGUCUCAGUUUGAUGUCCGUGGAAAAACGGAGUCUAGGACUAUCAAAUAGCUUCGUCACAUUCCUUACAUCACGUCGUAGCAUAUCAAACAUUUUAAGCUUAAUUUACACUUUUUAUGGUAGA